UUUACCCAGGAGUCAGAGCCUCUGGGGGUCCCCGGCCCCUCCCCCGCGCCCCUUGAGGCAUUGACCCCAGAGUCCCUGUUGGCCAUCCUCUCCCCACCCCCCGCCCGCCCGCGAUCGCCCUCUAUUUAUAGCGGCCCCCCGCAUUCCCCGCCCCCACCUCCCCGCCUUGUUGUCCAACUUCUCUCGGAGCAGCCGGAGAGCAGGCGUCCGGACGCAGCAAAGAGAGGAGAGGUACCAGGACUCUGGGCACCAAGGAGUCGAAACUCCUGCGCCCUCGACGUUCCCCCGUGCCCCCUUUCGGCGCCGGCACACCUGCCCUUGCCAGCCGGCGAGACCCCCGCCUCCUCAGCGGCGGUCCCGCCCACCUUCUCCUUUCUUAAUCUAGUUCUCUGUGUUCGGGCGGGGGGAGUCGAACUCGUGGGGUGUCAGUUUCCCGGGUUCGUCUCCCCACUACCGGUUCCCACCACUGAGUCUGGGGGCGAAGGAAGGAGCCAGAGUGCGAAUUGCAGAUCCAGGUCGUGGAUGGGGGCGGUGCUGAGGGCAGCCGAGGGAUCCCCGCACUCCCCACACCGCCCCAAUGCGGGGAGGGGGUGGUGGAAUGUUUUGACCCCAGAGUCAGAAGGCGUGAGAACCCUGACCCCUAACCCACUGCAUCCAGCCAAUAGGAGCCCAGCCACCAUGGCGGAGCUGCAGGAGGUGCAGAUCACAGAGGAGAAGCCACUGUUGCCAGGACAGACGCCUGAGGCGGCCAAGACUCACUCUGUGGAGACACCAUAUGGCUCUGUCACUUUCACUGUCUAUGGCACCCCCAAACCCAAACGCCCAGCGAUCCUUACCUACCACGAUGUGGGACUCAACUAUAAAUCUUGCUUCCAGCCACUGUUUCAGUUUGAGGACAUGCAGGAAAUCAUUCAGAACUUCGUGCGGGUUCAUGUGGAUGCCCCUGGAAUGGAAGAGGGAGCCCCUGUGUUCCCUUUGGGAUAUCAGUACCCAUCUCUGGACCAGCUUGCAGACAUGAUCCCUUGCGUCCUGCAGUACCUAAAUUUCUCUACAAUAAUUGGAGUUGGUGUUGGAGCUGGAGCCUACAUCCUGGCGAGAUAUGCUCUUAACCACCCGGACACUGUUGAAGGUCUUGUCCUCAUCAACAUCGAUCCCAAUGCCAAGGGUUGGAUGGAUUGGGCAGCCCACAAGCUAACGGGCCUCACCUCUUCCAUUCCGGAGAUGAUCCUUGGACAUCUUUUCAGCCAGGAAGAGCUCUCUGGAAAUUCUGAGUUGAUACAAAAGUACAGAAAUAUCAUUACACAUGCACCCAACCUGGAUAACAUUGAAUUGUACUGGAACAGCUACAACAACCGCCGAGACCUGAACUUUGAGCGUGGAGGUGAUAUCACCCUCAAGUGUCCUGUGAUGCUGGUGGUAGGAGACCAAGCACCUCAUGAAGAUGCAGUGGUGGAAUGUAACUCAAAACUGGACCCCACCCAGACCUCGUUCCUCAAGAUGGCUGACUCCGGAGGUCAGCCCCAGCUGACUCAGCCAGGCAAGCUGACCGAGGCCUUCAAGUACUUCCUGCAAGGCAUGGGCUACAUGGCCUCAUCCUGCAUGACUCGCCUGUCCCGGUCUCGUACAGCCUCUCUGACCAGUGCAGCAUCCGUUGAUGGCAACCGGUCCCGCUCUCGCACCCUGUCCCAGAGCAGCGAGUCUGGAACUCUUUCUUCGGGGCCCCCGGGGCACACCAUGGAGGUCUCCUGUUGAAUGACCCUUGUUGCCCUAGUGCGGGACCCAGCCCUCACCUCCCCCAGAACUAACCUGGGAGGUGCUGAAGGGACAUUGGGCCACAGUAAGCAAGGGAAAAAGGGCAGAUCAUGUGGGGAGAUGACCUUGAUCUUUGAUUGCUACCCUAACCUUGACCUUUAACCUGUGAUUCCCCCCAGCUCCUGGAAGAGAUGUCCUAAUAUCUCUUAGGGACCCAGACCCCUAAAUUCUCCUCCUCCCCCAUUUUGGUGUUAAGGUGGAGAGGGCAUAUGCAUCCUCUGUCCUGAUCUAGGUGUCUAUAGCUGAGGGGUAAGAGGUUGUUGUAGUUGUCCUGGUGCCUCCAUCAGACUCUCCCUACUUAUCCCAUAUUUGCAAGGGGAGGGGAUUUGGGGCUGGGGCUCCAUUCACCAAAGCUGAUAUGGCUUCUUAAUAACCCUUUAGGACUCUGAAGGGUAUGGACCUAUGUGAAUGUGUGUCAGGGGGAGACUUGCUGGUGGGUUAGUGGUCCUCAGGAUGUGAUAGAAACAUCCAGUGUAAAAAGGAAGUUGGAAUGGGAGUUGGCGGGCAAUGAACGAGUGUCGGGGAAGGAUUGGUGCUGGGGCAACAGGAAGGGGCCUGGGGCCAUUCGGCUGCACUAACUUUGGUAGCUCUCAGUGUGCAUCUAGAGUGGGACUGGGGAGGGAGCUAAGCUUGGGCUGGGCUGCUUGGGGCUUGGCAUAGGGGUGGAAAGGGCUACCCUGGGGCUCUGACCACACAGUAUUAUGUGUGGAGGGUGCCCUCCUGUCUCCCACAACUUCUGCUAUAACAAUAAACUGUAGAGGAAUCUGA